AUGCCACUAGACGCUAGUGACGACGACACUGUCAAGCGUGAGGAGUACACACUGCAACUGAAGGAGUUGGUUACGCAAAGAAACCCGAUGAAGAAGAGAGAUUGUAGACGUGGAGACUGCACUAAAAUGAGGAACUUUCUGUGUGGAAUCCAGUGGGAGAGAGAAAUGGAAAGGAAGACAUCACGUGGAAUGAUGGACUUCUUUGCUAGUAAAUGUGCCGAUGCCAUGGAGCAGUUGGUACCCCUCAAGAUUCACACAACUACGAGAAUAGUUUGUCAGAAACGUGAGAGGCGGCGUGUCGUGAACACCUUGCUGCUCGGUGGCCCGGGGGUGCAUCCCUCAAGGCGAGACAAAGGAGGAGGACUCGCCUUCUUCGAGGGUUCCGUCGACAGCCUUCUUUCCAUCGACAGCCUUCUUCGAGGGUUCCGUCGACAGCCUUCUUUCCAUCGACAGUCUUCUUCGAGGACUCCGUCGACAGCCUUCUUCGAGGACUCCGUCGACAGCCUUCUUCGUGGGUUCCGUAGACAGCCUUCUUUGAGGGUUCCGUCGAGUCUUCUUCGAGGGUUCCGUCGACAGCCUUCUUCGAGGGUUCCGUCGACAGCCUUCUUCGCGGGUUCCGUCGACAGCCUUCUUCGCGGGUUCCGUCGACAGCCUUCUUCGCGGGUUCCGACAGCCUUCUUCGCGGGUUCCGACAGCCUUCUUCGAGGGUUCCGUCGACAGCAUUCUUCGUGGGUUCCGUCGACAGCCUUCUUCGUGGGUUCCGUCGACAGCCUUCUUCGUGGGUUUCGUCGACAGCCUUCUUCGAGGGUUCCGUCAGCCUUCUUCGAGGGUUCCGUCAGCCUUCUUCGAGGGUUCCGACAGCCUUCUUCGAGGGUUCCGACAGAAGUCUUCGAGGGUUCCGACAGCCUUCUUCGCGAGUUCCAUCGACAGUCUUCUUCGUGGGUUCCGUCGACAGCCUUCUUCGCGGGUUCCGACAGCCUUCUUCGCGGGUUCCGUCGACAGCCUUCUUCGCGGGUUCCGACAGCCUUCUUCGUGGGUUCCGUCGACAGCCUUCUUCGCGGGUUCCGACAGCCUUCUUCGCGGGUUCCGUCGACAGCCUUCUUCGCGGGUUCCGACAGCCUUCUUCGUGGGUUCCGUCAACAGCCUUCUUCGUGGGUUCCGACAGCCUUCUUCGCGGGUUCCGUCAACAGCCUUCUUCGUGAGUUCCGACAGCCUUCUUCGCGGGUUCCGUCAACAGCCUUCUUCGUGGGUUCCGACAGCCUUCUUCGCGGGUUCCGUCAACAGCCUUCUUCGUGGGUUCCGACAGCCUUCUUCGUGGGUUCCGUCAACAGCCUUCUUCGUGGGUUCCGACAGCCUUCUUCGUGGGUUCCGACAGCCUUCUUCGCGGGUUCCGUCAACAGCCUUCUUCGUGGGUUCCGACAGCCUUCUUCGCGGGUUCCGUCGACAGCCUUCUUCGCGGGUUCCGACAGCCUUCUUCGCGGGUUCCGUCAACAGCCUUCUUCGUGGGUUCCGUCAACAACCUUCUUCGCGGGUUCCGUCAACAGCCUUCUUCGUGGGUUCCGUCAACAGCCUUCUUCGUGGGUUCCGUCAACAGCCUUCUUCGCGGGUUCCGUCAACAGCCUUCUUCGCGGGUUCCGUCAACAGCCUUCUUCGUGGGUUCCGUCAACAACCUUCUUCGCGGGUUCCGUCAACAGCCUUCUUCGUGGGUUCCGUCAACAGCCUUCUUCGUGGGUUCCGUCAACAGCCUUCUUCGCGGGUUCCGUCAACAGCCUUCUUCGUGGGUUCCGUCAACAGCCUUCUUCGUGGGUUCCGUCAACAGCCUUCUUCGUGGGUUCCGACAGCCUUCUUCGCGGGUUCCGUCAACAGCCUUCUUCGUGGGUUCCGACAGCCUUCUUCGCGGGUUCCGUCAACAACCUUCUUCGCGGGUUCCGACAGCCUUCUUCGCGGGUUCCGUCAACAGCCUUCUUCGAGGGUUCCGUCGACAGCCUUCUUCGCGGGUUCCGACAGCCUUCUUCGCGGGUUCCGACAGCCUUCUUCGUGGGUUCCGACAGCCUUCUUCGUGGGUUGACGGAACCCCUUCCAGUUUCAAAUUCACCAUCACACGCCUCCAGACUCACCAUCACACGCCCCCCAGACUCACCAUCACACGCCCGCAGACUCACCAUCACACGCCUCCAGACUCACCAUCACACGCCCCCCAGACUCACCAUCACACGCCCGCAGACUCACCAUCACACGUCCCCAGACUCACCAUCACACGCCCCCCAGACUCACCAUCACACGCCCCCCAGACUCACCAUCACACGCCCCCCAGACUCACCAUCACACGCCCCCCAGACUCACCAUCACACGCCCCCAGACUCACCAUCACACGCCCCCCAGACUCACCAUCACACGCCCCCCAGACUCACCAUCACACGCCCCCCAGACUCACCAUCACAUGCCCCCCAGACUCACCAUCACACGCCCGCACUCACCAUCACACGCCCCCCAGACUCACCAUCACACGCCCCCCAGACUCACCAUCACACGCCCCCAGACUCACCAUCACACGCCCCCCAGACUCACCAUCACACGCCCCCAGACUCACCAUCACAGGCGACAAGACUCACCAUCACACGCGACAAGACUCACCAUCACACGCCCCCAGACUCACCAUCACACGCCCCCAGACUCACCAUCACACGCGACAAGACUCACCAUCACACGCGACAAGACUCACCAUCACACGCGACAAGACUCACCAUCACACGCGACAAGACUCACCAUCACACGCGACAAGACUCACCAUCACACGCGACAAGACUCACCAUCACACGCGACAAGACUCACCAUCACACGCGACAAGACUCACCAUCACACGCGACAAGACUCACCAUCACACGCGACAAGACUCACCAUCACACGCGACAAGACUCACCAUCACACGCCCCCAGUCUCACCAUCACACGCGACAAGACUCACCAUCACACGCGACAAGACUCACCAUCACACGCGACAAGACUCACCAUCACACGCGACAAGACUCACCAUCACACGCGACAAGACUCACCAUCACACGCGACAAGACUCACCAUCACACGCCCCCAGACUCACCAUCACACGCCCCCAGACUCACCAUCACACGCCCCCCAGACUGACCUUCACACGCCUCCAGACUCACCAUCACACGCGACAAGACUCACCAUCACACGCGACAAGACUCACCAUCACACGCGACAAGACUCACCAUCACACGCCCCCAGACUCACCAUCACACGCGACAAGACUCACCAUCACACGCCCCCAGACUCGCCAUCACACGCCCCCAGACUCACCAUCACACGCCCCCAGACUAACCAUCACACGCCCCCAGACUCACCAUCAGGUGGCUCUGACGUAAACAAUAACACAUUCAGGUCCUCCAGAAUAACAACAAUGACAAACAAUAUAACCUGA